AGACUUCGUACUUAGAACCUAUGCCAAGGCAGACCACUGGGCUAAGCCUAAGCCUAAGCCUAAGCCUGUCUCAAAAACAAUCUACCCUACUAGACCGCUGGGCUAACUUAUUUGGAUCGUAUAACGGGGCGGGCUCAUAGAGACCCGAAUUCAUUCCUGGAUCGUUAAUGUUUUUGUUCACACCCUAAAUUAUCCCUCCGGCCGGCCGGUGAGAGAGAUGGCGAGCAGUCCCUUAAUCGUAUCCCCGGUGGCCGUGUUCGGUUCCCCAAGAAUUCCAACUGCUGAAUCAUGCUUUAGGCGGAGCAAUCCAACAUUCAAAGUCUCCUGCGACCUCUCCUGCUUCCAAGUAAAGGAUGUUAGCUACCGCCCCCCAGGGACCCAGAUCAAUCUUUUGAAUGGAGUGAACAUCUCUCUUCCUGAAAAAAGUUUUGGCUUGAUUUUUGGACGGAGUGGAAGUGGGAAAACUACUCUCUUGCAGCUUAUUGCAGGGCUAAGCAAACCAACAUCAGGCUCCAUUUACAUUCAGAGAUAUGGUAAUGAUGGCAAGGCACUUCAAUCUUCUGAAGAAUUAACUCCAGAAAAAGUUGGUAUAGUUUUUCAGUUUCCUGAGAGGUAUUUUGUGGCAGACAGUGUUCUUGAAGAGGUUAUAUUUGGAUGGCCAAUGCAAAGGGGUGGCCUUCAAUUGAAAGAGCUUCUUGCUUCAAAACUCCAGAAAGCUAUUAUUUCAGUUGGUAUGCAAGGAAUCCCCUUGGAUAAAGACCCUCACUCUCUAAGUGGUGGAUACAAACGGCGGCUGGCCCUAGCAAUUCAAUUAGUACAGAUUCCUGACUUAUUGAUAUUGGAUGAACCUCUUGCUGGUCUUGAUUGGAAAGCACGUGCAGAUGUUGUAAAGUUGCUGAAGCAUUUAAAGAAAGAGCUAACUUUACUUGUUGUCAGCCAUGACCUCAAGGAGCUGGCCCCUCUAGUUGAUCGGUCAUGGAAGAUGGAAAUUGGUGGAGUGCUUAAAGAAGAACCUCUACCUGCUUGCUAGAUCUUAGUCUACAACAGGAUACAAUAUUAAACACUAGAUGCCAUACAUGAGGUUUUAGUGACAAAAUCAUGCCCCAAUGCACAGAUGGUCAUGGCAAAUGGCAAAUGGCAAUGAUGGAGCGAGGGUUGAGUGCCAGGGACAUUGUUUUCUCAUUGAGUGAAACAAAGAGUGCGUGCUGCCUUUGGAUAGAAAUGCGAGCUGAGGAGACUAUGCAAGCUUAUGGAAGACGCUUUUGAUCUGAAUACGCUCAUCUUGCAAUGUGUUCUGCUAAUUUAACCAAGACUACACCCAAUGCUUCAUGUUUAUGUGAAAUAGUGUAAAGUGACAAUUUGAUAUGGGGUCAAGUACAGCACGGGUAAAUGGGGGUGAUUCUAUUGUUUUCUCCAGUAUAGUAAAAAUAAGCCAUUCUAUGGGGAGUUCUUGGAGAAGAAACCGGACAGCUCAAUCAUUUACCAACUGUAAAUUGUGGCGUGGUUCUUUUUAAACGUCUUUCUGAUCUAAUGUUGGAUUUCGAACACAGAGCCAUUUGAUAUUUGUUUUUUCCUUUGCAUUUUUUCAGAACAUAUAAAUAUGGAAACCAAACUGUUCCACUCGUUUCUUAGGCCAA